AUGAUAUCAAAUAAUUCAAGAACAAGGAUUGUUAGUUCAGGGAAUUUAGAAAAAGAUAGAGAUGAUAUAACCUCACAUCUGAACCUUAAAAAAAUAGCUAUUGCGCAUCAAGCUUUUAAACGCCCAAGCUCUGCAGGGCUAGUCAAACAAAAAAGAAAUGAAUCUAUGGAUAAAGGAGACCCUGAUACAACUAUUUUAGAUAUUGUAACAAAUAAAGCAAAAGAUAAAGGAAAUGCAGAUACAAAAAUUGUGUCAAAAUUUCCUGAAGAAUUCAAAAGAAAAGUCCAUACCAGGAGAAUUAGCUGUCCGAAAACACCAAUUGUGCCUUCUACCUUGCUAAGGAAUAAUGACGAUAAUAAAGCUCAAGGAAGAUGCUAUACUCCUAUACCAGUCUCUAAACUACAGACUAUUCGAAGGCCUCCUGGAGAGUCACCAAGAGACGAUAUCAAAGUGGAAUUUCGAUCUCCUAUUAAAACUCCUCAGAAUGCUACAAAAUUAGGAUUUAACCAGUUUAUCAAUACAAAUAAAGAUGCAAGCUCUAUUGUCAAGCCAAAAGAAACAAUUGUGGUUAACCUUACAAAAGAAUCCAGCCCUAUAGCUAAAAAUAGAGAUGGCUCUGCUAAUAUUCUUGCAAAGGAUUCAAGCCCGAUACCAAAGCCAAGAGAAAUAAACAUUACAAGUCCUAUUUCAAAGCAGAAAGAAAUUUUUAGCACUGAUAAUAGGUGUAAAGGAAAUAUAGAAGAAUAUGCCAUAGGCAAACAAAUUGGUCAAGGGGCUUAUGCUUCUGUAAAAUUCGCGACACAUACCCCAACAAGCAGAAAAGUUGCGUUGAAAAUUUAUGAAAAAAUUAAAUUACUUGAUCUAAGCAGAAAGAAAAAUGUUUUAAAAGAAAUUGAAAUAUUAGAAAUGCUUGAUCAUCCAAAUAUUGUAAAAUUUUAUGAAAUUGUAGAGACCUCUCGGCAGCUGCAUAUUGUUAUGGAGUAUGUGGCUGGCUGCUCACUUCAUGGAUAUUUAAAAAGAAAGCCAAAUAGAAGACUAGAGGAAAAUGAAGCCAAAAAAAUAACUACACAAAUAGUAAGUGCUAUUGAAUAUUGCCAUAGUAAAAAUGUGUCGCAUCGAGAUCUUAAGUUAGAAAAUCUGCUAUUAGAUGACAAAGGCGAAAUAAAAAUAAUUGAUUUUGGGUUUUCUACAGUCCAGGAUAAAAAAUCAAGAAUAUUCUGUGGAACUCCCAGCUAUAUGGCUCCUGAAAUUGUGACCAGAAAGGAAUAUUCUGGCCCUCCUGUAGAUAUUUGGGCUAUUGGAGUGUUAUUAUAUGUGUUUUUAACAGGGACAUUUCCUUUUAAAGGAAGCAAUGAUCAUGAGCUCUAUAGAAAAAUCAGGCAAUCCAGCUAUUCGCUACCACAAUACCUCUCAAGAACUUCUAGCAGCCUAAUUGCAAGAAUUCUUAAAUCUGACCCAAAUUCCCGACCCACAGCUCAGGAAAUCCUUUCAGAUCCUUGGCUUCAAGACAUUGAGCCAACCCCAGCCCCAAAAGAAGACCCAGCUACACAAGCAAUCGUCUAUGCCUGCUCCAUUAACGGAGACGCCUUAGACUUUGGUUUAAUUCGAAGCAUUGUAAUUUUUAUUCAGAAAAAGCUCGGUUUCAAUGAUAGCGAGCUGCUGCAUGAACUACAAGACGAAAACAGCAAAAUUUCAAAACUGUACAGAAAAUUAAAAUCAAAUAAAGACUUGUCGUCAGAUGGUCACUGGGAUUCUCAUAAUAAAAAUUUUUUGAGUGCUGGAAAUAGGUUAUAA